AUGGGGGGGAAAGGGGAGCGACGGGGGGAGGUGCCCGAGAGGACGGGGCCCGGCAGGAAAGAGCGCCCUCCUCCGGCCCCGCCGCGAUCGAAAAGCUGGUCCCCUUCCUCCCGGCUUCGAGUCCUCGCGCGUCCACAACGCCUCAGUGCCCACGGGAGAAACCGAGAGCGACCCCUCCCCAGAUCGAAAGGAGUACAGGGGGAGAGCCAGGGGCUGCUCUGGCCCGUGGGGAGGGCCAGGGGGGCUAGGGGAGCAGAGAUCCGCCCCAGCGCGGAGCCCCAAAGCCCUGCGGUGGCCUCGGACCCUCCCCCUCGCUACCUCGGGAGCAGGGUCUAG